AAAAGUUAAAACACAGGAGGAAGUAAAUGGCUGAAUCUUCAUCACCAACAAAAAGUAGAAGGAGGAGGAGCAUGGAAGAACAACGUUCAUUUUCUCAUGACUCCAGCGAUCUCCUGUCUGAAGAGCAGCUGCUGUGUUCGAUCUGUCUGGAUGUGUUCACUGAUCCAGUCACCACUUCAUGUGGACACAACUUCUGCAAGAGCUGCCUUACACAGUGCUGGGAGACAAGUCAACACUCUCACUGUCCAUUAUGUAAAGAGAAAUUCACCAAGAGACCUGAACUGAAGAUUAAUAUAACACUGAGAGAGGUUGCAGAUCACUUCAAGAAGAAAAGUGUUCCUGACAAACCUGAGGUUCUUUGUGAUGCCUGCAAUGGAGAGAAGCUGAAGGCCCUGAAAUCCUGCCUGGAUUGUUGUGCAAGUUUGUGUGAAACUGAUCUAGAGUUUCAUAAUAAAAUGCCCAGGAAUAAGAAACACAAACUAAUAAACCCUGUGGAGAACCUGGAGGACUACAUAUGCCAGAAACAUGAGAGAGCUCUGGAGCUGUUCUGUAGAGACGAUCAGACGUGUGUGUGUCAGUUCUGCACUGAAGGAGACCACAAGAAUCACAACACUGUUACUAUAGAGGAGGAGAGCAGAGAGAGGAAGACUCAGCUGGGGAAAACACAGAUAGAUGUGCAGCAAAUGAUUCAGGACCGACUGAAGAAGAUUUAUGGAAUUAAACACUCAGUAGAGCUCAGCAAAAGAAACAUAGAGAAAGAGAAAGCAGACAGUGUUGAAGUCUUCACUGCUCUGAUUCGCUCCAUUGAGAGAAGUCAGGCUGAGCUGCUGGAGGUGAUGGAGGAGAAGCAGAAAGCAGCAGAGAGGCAGGCUGAAGGACUCAUUAAAGAGCUGGAGCAGGAAAUCACUGUGCUAAAGAGGAGAGACACUGAGCUGGAGCAGCUCUCACACACUGAGGAUCAUCUCCACCUCCUACAGAUUUUCUCCUCCAUGUGCAGCCCUCCACACACCAAGAACUGGACUGAGAUCAGCAUUAACACUGAUCUGAGUGGGGACACUGUGAGGACAGCUCUGUCUCAGCUUCAGCAGACACUCAAUGAGAAACUCACUCAAAAACUGAAGGAAACAGUUUCCACAGAACUGAAGAGGAUUCAGCGGUAUGCAGUGGAUGUGACUCUGGAUCCUGAUACAGCUCAUCCUGAUCUCAUCCUGUCUGCUGAUGGAAAACAAGUGACACAUGGAGACACGCAACAGGAUCUCCCUGAUACACCACAGAGGUUUAAUAAGUGUCCUUGUGUUCUGGGAAAGCAGAGUUUCUCCUCAGGGAGAUUUUAUUAUGAGGUGCAGGUCAGCGGGAAAACCGACUGGGAUCUUGGAGUUGCCACAGAGUCCAUUAACAGGAAGGGGAAGAUUAUACUAAAACCUCAGAAUGGAUUCUGGACUGUGAUACUGAGGAAUGAGAAUCAGUAUAAGGCUUGUGCUGGUCCCCCUGUCCCCCUCACACUGAGAGAGAAGGUGGAGAAGGUGGGGGUGUUUGUGGAUUAUGAGGAGGGUCUGGUCUCCUUUUAUGAUGUGGAGUCCAGAUCUCAUAUCUACUCUUUCACUGGUCAGUCUUUCACUGAGAAACUCUAUCCAUACUUCAGUCCUUAUUUAAACCAAGGAGGUAAAAACUCAGCACCACUGAUCAUCUCUCCUGUGUGUAAGACUGAGGCAAUAUCCAGACUUGGACCAGGACCGAUUGCAAUAUUUGAAGGAAUAAUGGAUCGGUCUUUCUUUGAGGAAGUUAUCAUGAAAGAAACCGCCGCCCCAUACAUCAGGGAAACAUUUGGAGUUCACCACUGUUUUUUCCAGGACAAUGACCCGAAGCACACUGCUGCAAGAAAAGUCAUUGCCGCAGAGGGCAUUAACUGGGUGAAGACUUUAGCUGAAUCCCCUGAUAUGAAUCCCAUUAAGAUGAAAACUGGCAAGUCACAUUUACCUGGCCACUGGAACAUGUCUGUACUGGCAGAUUUUAAGGGUGCCCCUCUUCAGCUUGGAGGAAUUGAUUGUGGGGUAUUCAUGUUGAUGUAUGCACUCCAUGUUACGCUCUCAAAGCCAUUUGAUUUUGCUGCGGACUCAGCGGCGAUGAAAAACAUUUUGCUGGCCUGUAAGUGGGUGGAGGAGAACCAACACCAAUUUGCUGGGAAGAUUGAACUGCCAAAGAUCCUGAAGAUGAAGGAGGAAGAUGUAUUGUUGGCUAUCACAAUGCGAGACUUGUUCCUAAACACCAUGUUUUAUGAAGAAAUGGCUGAAUUUUUAUUACCAACAAAAAGCAGAAGAAGGAGCAGCAUGGAGCAACUAGAUUCAUUUUCUCGUGACUCCAGCGAUCCCCUGUCUGAAGACCAGCUGCUGUGUUCGAUCUGUCUGGAUGUGUUCACUGAUCCAGUCACCACUCUAUGUGGACACAACUUCUGCAAGAGCUGCCUUACACAGUGCUGGGAGACGAGUCAACACUCUCACUGUCCAUUAUGUAAAGAAAAAUUCACCAAGAGACCUGAACUGAAGAUUAAUAUAACACUGAGAGAGGUUACAGAUCACUUCAAGAAGAAAAGUGUUCCUGACAAACCUGAGGUUCUUUGUGAUGCCUGCACUGGAGAGAAGCUGAAGGCCCUGAAAUCCUGUCUGGAUUGUUGUGCAAGUUUGUGUGAAACUCAUCUAAAGUUUCAUAAUAAAAUGCCCAGGCAUAAGAAACACAAACUAAUAAACCCUGUGGAGAACCUGGAGGACUACAUAUGCCAGAAACAUGAGCGAGCUCUGGAGCUGUUCUGUAGAGACGAUCAGACGCGUGUGUGUCGGUUCUGCACUGAAGGAGACCACAAGAAUCACAACACUGUUACUAUAGAGGAGGAGAACAGAGAGAGGAAGACUCAGCUGGGGAAAACACAGACAGAUGUGCAGCAGAUGAUUCAGGACCGACUAAAGAACAUUCAAGACAUCAAACAUACAGUAGAGCUCAGCAAAAGAAACACAAAGAAAGAGAAAGCAGACAGUGUUGAAGUCUUCACUGCUUUGAUUCGCUCCAUUGAGAGAAGUCAGGCUGAGCUGCUGGAGGUGAUGGAGGAGAAGCAGAAAGCAGCAGAGAGGCAGGCUGAAGGACUCAUUAAAGAGCUGGAGCAGGAAAUCACUGUGCUAAAGAGGAGAGACACUGAGCUGGAGCAGCUCUCACACACUGAGGAUCAUCUCCACCUCCUACAGAUUUCCUCCUCCAUGUGCAGCCCUCCACACACCAAGAACUGGACUGAGAUCAGUAUUAACACUGAUCUGACUGUGGACACUGUGAGGACAGCUCUGUCUCAGCUUCAGCAGUCUCUCAAUGAGAAACUCACUCAAACACUCAAUGACAAGUUAUUGAGUUGUUAAAUACAAUUUCUACAGAACUGAAGAGGAUUCAGCAGUAUGCAGUGGAUGUGACUCUGGAUCCUGAUACAGCUCAUCCCAAUCUCAUCCUGUCUGCUGAUGGAAAACAAGUGACACAUGGAGACACACGACAGGAUCUCCCUGAUACACCACAGAGGUUUAAUGAGUGUGUUAUAGUUCUGGGAAGACAAAGUUUCUCCUAAGGAAGAUUUUAUUAUAAGGUGCAGGUCAGAGGGAAAAAUAAGUGGAGUUUUGGAGUCGCCACAGAGUCCAUUAACAGGAAGGGAGACAUUACACUGAGGCCUCAGGAUGGAUUCUGGACUGUGGUACUGAGAGGAAUGAGAAUCAGUAUGAGGCUGGUGCUGAUCCCUCUGUCCCCCUCACACUGAGAGAGAAGGUGGAGAAGGUGGGGGUGUUUGUGGAUUAUGAGGAGGGUCUGGUCUCCUUUUAUGAUGUGGAGUCCAGAUCUCAUAUCUACUCUUUCACUGGUCAGUCUUUCACUGAGAAACUCUAUCCAUUCCUCAGUCCUAGUUUAAACCAAGGAGGUAAAAACUCAGCACCACUGAUCAUCUCUUCUGUGUGUAAGACUGAGUAAAAUUUUCACUUCACAGAUUUAAUCAUUUAUUACAUCAUGUGAAUAAAAUGUAUAAAAUUUCUCCUCUGAUUAUUUCUGUAAAUUGUCCUUUUUCAGCUGCUAUUUAUUCUAUUUUAAUACAUAUUAAAAAAUUUGUUUUUUCUUUGUUUGUUUUAGCUUACACAAUUGAUUUUACAAUUGAUACAAAUAUAAAUAAAGAUUAUUUACAGUUUUAUUGCAAAAAUUGAUGAUAUAGGAAUUUCAAUAUAAUUAAAAAAAUAUUAAAUUUAGCAGCUGGUGUUUGUGUAAAUAAAACCAAACAAAAAUGUGUUUCCCCUUUUCAUUAAACACAAAUAUAAUCUAAUUUAUAUUCAUAUUUAUAUUUCAUUAAUAUCUAGAAAUAAAAAUGUCAAGAU